CAACGAAAUGGGCCCCGAUACUCCGCUGCCUCUACCGACCGAAUUUUCCUCGGUGGACGACUAUGUAGAGUCACUACUGGCCUUUUCCACUUCCUCAUGGAUGCUCCAAACCUUGUGUGGAGGCGUACACAUUCUGGAUUUUUAUACAAGAUCGCCCGAUCUCUAUGCCACCAUCUUGCCGGAAUCAUGGAGAAACUGGUUCAAAGUCCGGGAUAUCAUGGACAUUCUGGAUCUUCUCAUGAGGGAGGAUCUAUCCCAAUUCUCUACCGAUACUGAACAAGAUCCUACGCCCUGGCGCAACGGACCUGCUCCCCCCGAGGAUCUUUUGCGCUAUAUUCGAGAUGUGCGGAAGCAUCUGUUGAAUCGUGAAUUCCAUGGCGAACUGCCAAACAGGAAGCCCGAGAUAGCACGCCACAUUGCUGUCGGCAUGAAAGUCAAAAAAGUCCACGAAGUGGAUAACUUUGCCCGCUACGUUGACAGACUGACUUCAGACAUUGCAGCCAAGGGAAGAGAUCCCAUUACUCAUCUAGUUGACUUUGGAUCUGGUCAAAAUUACCUAGGCCGUGCGCUUGCAGCGCCUCCUUUCUCCAAGCAUUUGGUGGCCGUGGAGAGUAAGCCACACAACAUCGAGGGGGCAAAAGACAUGGAUGUCAAGGCCAGACUAGCACCAAAACCAAUCGUGAUGAGAAACAAGAAAGAGUAUCGUGCAAGCAUUGGCAGGGUAAAGAAAUCAAAGUUGAAUCAAGCAAAUGCAGCCACUGAAACAGCCUCCUCCAACGAUGCUCCAUCAGUAAGAGCACCUGAGACUGCGAUUUCAAAUGGAUUCUCUAGCCAAGAGAAACCUCAAAAGCCCGACAAAGAAUCUGCAUCAGUUGCCACUCAAACGACAGCUGACACUAAGUGUGAUGAUGAUGAUGGAUGCAUUGCCAUCCCCAACAGCACCGUCCCAAAGGCUGACAAAACCGUCACAACCCAUCUUCAAGUCUAUACCGAAGGUCAUGGAAGUGUACAAUACGUCGAACACAUCAUUAAAGAUGGUGAUCUAGGACCGGUCAUUGAUCAAGUCAUUGACAGCUCCAAGGUGCCAGAAUCAGACGAAGCCACAUCGACCCCUCAAAAGGAUGCGACCGCUGCCGUUCUGGACUCCAGCAAUCUACAGGCCGUGCCAAAACCCUCUAAAGUCAAUGCUAUGGUCAUAUCAUUGCAUUCAUGCGGAAACCUAGUUCAUCAUGGCCUCCGCUCCUUGCUCCUCAAUCCUUCUGUUUCCGCCGUCGCGAUGGUAGGCUGCUGCUAUAACCUCCUCACCGAACGGCUCGGCCCACCAACUUACAAACUUCCCACAUUACGCACCAAUCAUCCCCGUUUGGAAUCCACCUCCAACGCCCACGAUCCCCACGGCUUCCCUAUGUCUAGCAAACUAGAAAACUACCCACUACCCUACGCCCCAUCCUCCACUUCCUCCCCCAACGACAUCCACGACAUGCCCAAAGGCAUCCGCCUAAACAUCACCGCACGAAUGAUGGCCGUCCAAGCCCCCUACAACUGGGGCCACACAGACAGCGAACUCUUCUUCACACGACACUUUUACCGCGCCCUCCUCCAACGCAUCUUUCUAGACCGCGGAGUCGUCUCCGCUCCCGCUCCUCCAACAUCUGACGACGACCUCACUGCCGGCAACGGCGUGUCCGCUUCAGGCCACACUAGCAGAGUGAACUGGACACCGCCGAACGGCCGCGGUCCAGGUCUCAGUUCCUCGGGCAAACACACUCCACUCACCAUCGGCACGCUGCGUAAAUUCGCCUACUCUGAUUUCCGCUCCUACGUCCGAGCCGCGUUGGCGAAACUCACGGCGCCGAAUUCGUUUUGCGAGGUUGAUCCUGCGUUUAUCGCCGGGAAGAUGGAGGGAUUGAGCGAUGAGGAUAUCGAGGAGUAUGAAAAGAAGUAUUGGGAGAAGAAGCAUGAGCUUAGUGUCAUGUGGGGGUUGAUGGCGUUUAGUGCUGGGGUUGUUGAGGCUGUUGUGGUGGUGGAUCGGUGGCUUUGGUUGAAGGAGCAAGAUGAGGUUGCGGAAGCAUGGGUGGAGAGUGUUUUUGAGUAUGGGUUGAGUCCGAGGAAUUUGGUGGUUGUUGGGGUUAAGAAAUGAUGUUUGCUGGACUGUGCCAGUUCGUUCGCGGACUCUGCAAUUAAGAAGCCC